AUGACCCACCUCAACGCUCUGCAGGACAUUGCAAACGAGUAUGAGGGCCGGCGCACCGCCAGCACGGGUUUCAAUGCCUCUGUGGAUUAUGUCAUCAAAGUUCUUCGCAAUUACACCGACUACGAUAUCGAAACCAUCUUCUUUGAGGUGAACGACUACCUUCCCAUCACCCCUGGUAGCCUCUCCGUCGAAAUGGACGGAGUCGCCGUGGAGCUGCAAGCCAAGUUUGGAUCAGAUCUCGACAAUCUGCAGCCCCACAUUGAUUUCGAGACAAUGGGCUUUUCCGGCUCGGGAAACGUGUCUGCUCCCCUCACAGCCGUGGCACUCACCGGCACGGAUGCCUGGGGAUGCGACGCCGCCGACUGGGCCUCCCUGGCCGAUACCGUGGCUCUUGUCCCUCGCGGCGGUUGCGCGUUCUAUGCCAAGGCAGUCCUUGCUGAGGCUGCGGGUGUAGCAGCGAUCCUUUUUGGAAACAAUGUCUCUGAAACCGAGGCCUUGCGUUACACCGUCGCAGGCAGCGAGCCAGGCCAAUACGUCAACAUUCCCAUGCUUGGUCUGAGUGGCGCAACAACGCAACUUCUUUUUGAUCUCGCCAAAGCUACACAGGAUACCGUUAUCGCCACGACCAAGACUGGGCGCCCUGAUCGCGCUGUGGCUAUUGGUUCUCAUCUGGAUUCAGUCCCGUUCGGCCCCGGUAUCAAUGACAAUGGAUCUGGCUCGUCGUUCAAUUUGGAGCUGGCCAUUCAGUUUGCUGCCAAGCGUGUUGAAUUUGCUAAUCAAGUCCGAUUCCUCUUCUUUGGCGCCGAGGAACUGGGUCUUUUGGGCUCAAAGGCAUAUGUCCAGCACCUGCAAGACACAAACAUUGAGUCGCUGCGCAACAUCAGCUGUAUGCUCAAUUUUGACAUGAUUGCAUCCCCGAAUUUUAUCCGAGGCGUCUACAACGGCAGCUCAGCUGCUCCCGAGUAUGGGCAGCGUGUUCUUGAUGGAUCGACUGUCAUUGAGAACCUGUUCACGGACCGCCUGGAAGCCAAAAAACUAGCCCAUGAGCUCACCGAUUUUGACGGCCGAUCUGACUACGGUCCCUUCAUUGCCAACGGCAUCCCUUCUGGUGGCCUUUUCACAGGUGCCGAAGUCACCAAAACGAUUGAGCAACGCAACAUGUACGGAGGGGUCCCGUAUGCUGCCUACGAUCCCUGCUAUCACCAGGCUUGCGACACUGUUGAGAAUAUCAACCAAAAGGUUCUGGCCGAAAUGGCAGAUGCAGGGGCCUACGUUGCCUUUCAGCUUGCCAUGGCCAAGGAUCUCGAUGCUCUACUGUUUCCCGAAGGAAAGCCUGGUCUACCCACGACACCAGGGCCGGCAACGACAUCAACAUCAACAUCUAUCAAGACGACCACGACCACAGCUGGCCCCGCAACCUCCACCACGGCCGCCCCCACGACUACGACCAUGACCACGGCCGCCCCCACGACCACGACCACAACAACGACCACGGCCACAACAACGACCACGGCUGCCCCCGCGACCACGACCACAACCACGGCAGCUCCGACGACUAUGACCACAAUUACCGCGGCCCCCACAACCUCCACCACCGCUGCUCCCACUGCCUCUCCCACGGCUGCUUCCUCAACGCACAGCCCCACCGAUGCUUCUUCAUCCACCGCCAACUCGACAGCGGCUGCACCGUCCACCUCUACCUGA